AUGUCUAAAUCCAGCAAACAUGUAGUGUUCGAUAUUGUCGGCACCUGCGUCUCCUAUGAUGCCAUAUUCGAUGCUCUGGAGCACUGCUUAGGCGACAAGAUGCGUGCUGAAGGCAUCAAGCCACGACUAUUUGGCUACCUCUGGAUUGAAGUCACCGAAAGAGAGUACACUUAUCUCAGCAUGAAUGGUCGCUACAUGGCUUUCCGCGACGUCUUCAGCAGCCUCUUUUACCGAAUGCUAUACAUGUCCGGCAUCGAGGAACCCCAAACUUUCGCUAGCGACAAGGAUUUGCAAUACAUCCUAGAGCAGUACAAGAAGCUUGAAGCGCGGCCUGGUGUCGCGGAGUGUUUCCAAUUGCUCCGGGAUGCUGGCUUCACGGUGUGGGCGUUGACGGCUGGGGAUGUUGAGCGUGUUGGAGGCUACUUCACGCACAAUGGUAUCCAUAUGCCCAAGGAGAACUUCAUCUCAUGCGACACGGCCAAGAUUGGUAAACCGGAUCCAAAAGUGUACCAAAUGAUGAUGGAGAAGCUGGGCAGUGAUGAGAAAUGGUUUGCAGCUGCGCAUAACUGGGAUGUUGCGGCUGCUAAGAUUCACGGAUUCAAGGCUGCGUAUUGCACGAUAUGGGAGAAGAUUCGUUGCGACAAUCUCUUCGGCGAGAUGGAUGUGACUGCGGACUCCUUUCCCGAGAUGGCUCGUGGUAUCAUAGCUGCAUCUGAUGCCGACUCAAAUUAA